AAAGCGGAAGAAGAAGAACAACAACAUAAGUCAGAUAAACACGUGGUUCCAGUAGCCCAAACAUUGUUAUAUUCUGUUUGUUUGUUGGUCAGUUAUGCAGCUUUGUGUCGUUUGUAGCGAGCAUGUUCCUAAAUACAGAUGUCCAACAUGCAGAAUCAGAUAUUGUUCAGUGGGUUGCUUUAAAAGACACAAAGAUGAUGAUUCAUGUCAUCCAGUUAAAGAAUCAGAUCCAGCCUCCAGCAGCUCAACACCAGUCAACAGCGCUGAAGAGCCGUGGACUGUAGAGGAUCUUCUUGAUGAGGACAGUCAGACUGAUAAAGUGCCACUGCAGAGACUCCAGCAGCUGGGUGGUUCAGAGGCGCUGAAGGGGCUGUUGAGGAAUCCUCAUCUCCGGCGGUUAAUGAUGUCUGUGGACUCAGCUGAAGAUAAAGCCAAAGCCAUGAAAGACGCCAUGCAGGAGCCGCUGUUCGUGGAGUUUGCUGAUCAGUGCUUAAAAAUUAUUGAACCCACAGAAACCGAGAAAGACGAUGAUGAAUUCUGAUCCGAUGGAACGGUCUCAUAUUGAAUGAUUGCUAACGCAAAUGCAUCAAACUUUUACAAAAAUGUUGAGGUAAUAAUGUAAAAUUUCUAUCACAUCAAUGUUUUUGAAUGCAAACAAUGUAAUGCAAUGCAAAAAUUAAAAUUAGCUGACAAUGUUUUUCACCCUCAAACCAAUCCAAGAUGUAGAUGAGUUUGUUUCUUCAUCAGAUUUGGAGAAAUGUAUCAUUGUAUCAGUGUCUCAUCAAUGGAUGCUCUUCAGUGAAUGGGUGCCGUCAGAAUGAGAGUCCAAACAGCUGAUAAAAACAUCACAAUAAUCCACAGCACUCCAGUCCAUCAGUUAAUGUCUUUGGAAACUGUGUGUUUACAAGAAAUAAAUAUUGCUUCCUCCAGUAAAAAGUUGUCUCGUCUGAAUCAGGAGAGAAAUGUGCACAGAACAAGCGCUGUUUACAAGCCGAAACCGUUCUAGACAAAUAUGUGCAUUGAUCUUGAUGUGAGAGACAACAGAUGGACUUUUUCACCGAAGGAAGCAUCAUUAUGGAUUAUGGACUCACAUAAGUGGUGGUUUGAAGUUAAAACGUAUUAAUGCUGGAUUUGUUUCAGCUCCGCUCUUCUCCAGAUGUUAAUUGAUG